AUGGCAGGACCCGUCUUGUCGUUCGUCACGAGCAUACUCGGUGUCAUUUCCUCUGCUCGUGCGCAGGCGACCUCCACCAGAACUACCAGUCCAACCGCGGUCGCUACUGCCACUGCUAGCGCCGUUGGCACGUCUGCUCCGGCCACCACCUUGGCAACCUCGACCCUGGCCGCAGCCCCUUCUGCAGCCGCCAAUGUCUCUGCUGCCAACUUCAACGGCGCGAUUGAUUCGAAGAUUCUAAUUAUUGUCCGCGACGCCUACGCCGGUCAAUCAGCCUCAUCUGGCCUCAACGGCUAUGGCAUUCCGUUUGAGAUCCUCACAGUCCCGCAACAAGGCAUUGCCCUUCCCACUCUUAACACAACUGUUGGUGGUAACUAUGGCGGUUUCAUCAUCGCAGGCCAAGUCUCCUAUGACAUGGGAGGUGGGAACUAUCAGUCUGCCCUGACUGCGGCGCAGUGGCAGCAAUUGUACGACUACCAGACCAUGUACGGUGUUCGCAUGGUCCAGUACGACGUGUAUCCGGGCCCUCUUUUCGGAGCCUCGGCCCUCGGUGGUUGCUGCAAUACCGGUGUUGAACAACUGCUGUCCUUCACUAACACCAACGCCUUCCCGCAGGCUGGUAUCAAGCUCAACGCUGGCGUUUCUACUGCUGGUCUCUAUCACUACCCUGCAACCAUUACUGACGCCAGCACAACGACGGAAAUUGCUGCUUUUGCCGCUGCUGCCGGAUUCCAGAAGUCGACCGCCGCCGUUAUCAACAACUUCAGUGGUAGACAGCAAAUGGUCUUUUUCAUUGGAUGGGCCACUGACUGGUCAUCCACCAGCAACUUCCUCCAGCAUGCUUAUAUUACCUGGCUGACACGCGGUCUCUACACUGGCUAUCGUCGUGUGAAUCUCAACACCCAGAUCGACGAUAUGAUGCUAUCUACAGGCUUGUAUAGACCUCAGGGCCAGGAAUACCGCACCGUCCCCAACGACAUGCGCGACGUGGCCGCUUGGGUGCCUACCAUUCAAGGGAAAAUGAACACUGGAUCCUUCUAUCUUCCUGAGAUUGGUCACAACGGCAAUGGCAACAUUGAAGCCGCCCAAAACACAGCCAGUGGCCAGACUGUCUGCACGCCCUUUUCCAUUGACUAUCCUGAGCAGCCAGACACUGCUCUGGAGUUCAAGAAGCCGCUUGGAACUGGCUCAAAUGUUUGGCCUACCACACCUACCGCUUACAACUACUCCCCCAACUGCAUUCGUCUUGACCCGUUGGCCCAAUGGUUCCAGACCACGUCCAACCGCGACCGGUUCAUGCAUCUCUCGCAUACCUUCACCCACUAUGAGCUCAACAACGCGACGUACAGUGACGCUGUCAAGGAGAUCAAGUUUAACCAGGCCUGGUUCCAGCAAAUUGGUAUUGCGAGCGGCCGUUUCUCUACUGAUGGCUUGAUCCCACCCGCCAUUACUGGCCUGCACAACGGCGAUGUUCUCCGCGCCUGGAAGGAUAGUGGCCUGACUAACUGUGUUGGCGACAACACCCGCGCCCCUCUCCGCAACCAACAAAAUCCCAUGUAUUUGUACAAGACAACCAGUGCCGCGGAUGGAUACGAUGGCUUUAAUGUCAUUCCUCGGUGGGCUACUCGCAUUUACUACAACUGCGACACUCCAGAAUGCACUACCCAGGAGUGGAUUGACACAUCUGCUGGAGCUGGCACGUUCCAGGACCUCCUCAACGUAGAGAGACAAGACACUAUGCGCCACCUCUUCGGUCUCUACCACGACGGCUUCAUGUUCCAUCAAGCCAACCUCCGCACCCAGGGUAUUCCGGCCAUCCCUGUCAAUGGAGUGUCGUCUCGGGUCUCUAUCUUCCAGGCUUGGGUCGAGAUUGUUGUUCAGGAGUUUGUCCGUCUUGUCAACUGGCCCAUGAUCUCGCUCAAGCAACAGGAUCUGGCGAAAGCUUUCCUAGACCGUCAGACACGUGAUGCUUGCAAGCCCAAGCUCACAUGGACCAAGAGCGGCUCAACGAUCACCGGCGUCACCGUCUCAGCAACGGGCAACACUUGCUCAGCCCCAAUUCCAGUUACUGUACCCGGCUCUGUGACCAACACACAGGGUAUGCGGACCGAGAAGGUUGGCAACGACCCCACCACGAUCUGGGUGACGCUAUCCGGCAGCGCCAGAACCUUUACCUUCAGCUCGCCUGUUGCAGUCUAA